CGGCGAUGUCCAAUGAGCACAGGUGGGCGGGCCUCGGGCUGCGCGGGCCGGCGGGAGGUGCGGCGGCACCGGCGGCAGAACGGGCGACAUGUUCCAGGACGCCGGAGGCGCAGGGCCGGCGGGCUCCAGGGCCAUGAAGCCCCCAGGUGGAGAGUCCAGUGACCUCUUUGGAGGGCCAGAAGAAGCUGCUCCUUCCUGCAGGCCCAAUAGGAUGGCGUCUAACAUCUUCGGGCCAACAGAUGAACCUCAGAGCAUCCCCAAAAGGACCAACCCCCCAGGGGGCAAAGGAAGUGGCAUCUUCGAUGAGUCCACACCGGUGCAGACUCGCCAUCGUCUGAACCCGCCUGGUGGGAAGACCAGUGACAUCUUCGGGUCCCCAGUCACUGCCACAGCGCCCUCAGCACACCCGAACAAACCCAAGGACCACGUGUUCAUGUGUGAAGGAGAAGACCCAAAAGCCAACCUCAGAGCUACACCGAGUACCGUGCCUGGAGAAGGGCCGGCCGAGAAGGGAGGCUCCAGAGAUGUGGCCCCACCUGAUGUGGACCGUCAUGAGCCCCGGCUGGGGCCACGGCCGCGCUCACACAACAAGGUCCUGAACCCGCCCGGCGGCAAGUCCAGCCUCUCCUUCUACUGAGCCUCGGCCGCCCACACCCCCACCCGACAGGACUUCCCGCUCUCAGCCUCCUGCACCCAGAGCUGCAGCGCCAGGAGAGGGUCUCUCCAGCCCUUGGCCCAGGCAGGUGCUCCACUCCUGGCCGUCCACAGGCCGAUGGGACCCCCAGCAUCUAUGCUCGUCCUCAACUCCACGUGUGCAAAGGACUCUGGGACUGGGGGGGGGUGUCUUCCUGUCUAUCUCCCCAUUCACAGGGCAUCAGGGACACACACACGGCAAACCUAAGUAUCCUUCGGGGCGCUGGGCUGGAGGAAUGAGGCACAGGCCAAACACUAGUGCCCAGGGUGAUACAUCACCUCGUCCCUCUGACCUAAUGCCUCUGCCUUCAUGCUUCGUUCCUGACACUGCUGCUAAGGCCCAGCCUGGUCACUGCAGCCCUGGCACACUGCCUGCUUCAUCUCAGCAGCCGUCAGCAAACCACAAAGGCUUUCUCAGUCAGUCUGAAGUUUGUGCCCUCUGAGGUGCCUGGCGCCCACCUACCAUC